AUGUGUUCAGAUACAAGCGACGCAGGUAGUGAUCUCGAUAUUUAUCAUGCGGCGAACGCUUACCAAUCCGACGAUCAACUUGUCAUCGCGUUAGAUUUUGGUACUACGUUCAGUGGCAUUGCAUAUGCAUUCACAAAGGAGGAUAAACCGGAACUUACCUCGAUUUUAGACUGGCCAGUGUCCACCGUAAUUUGUUACGGCCCGAAAGGUGACUCGAGCUUUACGUGGGGAGCCCAAACCCACAAGCAUGAAAUUAUCCGCGGCAUGAAGCUACUCUUCGACCCCACCCAAGACAAGCCUGUCUACCCCCCAUUUGCAAGCACGGGUAAUGAUCUUAGGCUUUUGGGUAAGCCAGCGUUAGACGUCGCUGCUGAUUUCAUCGGAGCCAUGUAUGAGCAUGCCAUGACUGUUAUCGAAGACAAGAUCCCCAAGGAUUACCUUGAGAUGUGCCAGAAACAAUUUGUGCUCUCUGUUCCUGCUGUUUGGUCUGAUAAGGCGAAGGAUUUGACUCUGAUGGCGGCCAAGCGGGCGAAGAUUCACCCAGUUACUCUCAUCAAGGAACCAGAAGCUGCUGCAUUAUACAUGUUCCACACGUUAAAAGAAAGAGCACUUUCUGUUGGCGACGCUUUUGUCAUCUGCGACGCCGGUGGUGGAACCGUAGAUCUCAUAUCAUACGAAAUCACACAACUGGCGCCCAAGCUUGAACUGAAGGAACUCGUGCCCGGAAAAGGUACCGACUUCCUUACCUGUGGAAUGGCGGGCUCACUAGGUCUGAACAUGCGAUUUGAAGAAGCUGUCAGGGAGCUUGUCGGUGAAAAACAGUUUCGAACUUUACGCACGACUAGGGGUUUCAGAAGCGCGGUCGAGCAAUUCGACCUUUCCGUGAAGACGGCUUUUCGGGACCAGGAGGACGAAGAUUUUUUCUUGAAUUUCCCCAUGGCGAAACUGCGGGACAACACGAACAAAAACCUCGUGUCGAAUUGCUGGAAUAUGAAAUGCGAUGAUUUGAAAAGAAUCUUUGAUCCAUUGAUUGCGGAUAUCCAAAGAAUGGUUGAUGAUCAGAUCAAUCUGGUCAAGACCAAGCGAAUGUCUGAAGGUCACCCAACACCCAAGGAGAUAAAGGCUAUCUUCCUUGUGGGUGGAUUUGGCUCUUCAGGCUACCUCAAGUCUCGAAUUGGGGCCUGUCACCCGAAUAUCCAAAUAAUUCAACCUCACGAUGCUUGGUCUGCUAUUGUCAAGGGCGCCGUGCUUAGCGGGCUUCCGCACAAGACCUGUAGUGUUUCGGUUGUUUCAACGCAAUCGACCAGACACUACGGAGUAGUGACCGGUUAUUUAUAUGACGAGGAGAUAUAUCGAGGACGACCGACGUACGUGGAUUGUUACGGAGACACGAGAACUUCAAAGAUGACAUGGUACAUUUAUCGUGGUGAGGACCUCAAGAGGGACCAAAAGAUACGAUUUCCAUUCUAUCGAGCGCUCGAAGGCAGUGUUACGGACAGAAACCUCAUCUUCACGGAAACACUACUUCAAUGUGAAAGUGCUGAUGCUCCUAUCUACCCCGGACCAACAAUCACGCCAAAUUGCACUUUGGAAGCCGACUUGCGGAGCGUGGAUCGUGCAACAUUUCGGGCACGAACUUCGCUCUUGGGAACGCCUUGCUGGGAUGUGCACUUUGAUUUGGUAGUCACUGUUGCAUCGGCCGUGAUGAAGUUCUCACUCGAGGUCAAUGGCGAGGAGAUGGGUAGUGUUGAGGCGAACAACACUGAUCAGAUUGCGACGCUCGCAUCCUUGAAAUCGGAAAAGGCGAGUACCAAACCUAGCUUGAUCCGCCGAUGUGGGGAUGCAGUAGAAGAACAUUUUACACAAACUGCCAACAAGGUGGAUCAAUUAUACGCAGAAUGCAAGGGUUUGAAGGAUCGCCUCGAUGUUGUUACUCGGGAGAGCAAUCAAUUACGAGUCGAAAAACAGAAAGCCUUGGGAGAUCUGAAACUUCUUCGGGUCGCCAAUGAAAAGCAGAUUCAGGAUCAACAAAAUGAGAUCGAAAGAUUCAAAAGCCGAACUCACAAGACCAAAGAGUUUCAAGAGUAUGUUCAAAAUACAUCUAAUGAUCUUCGAAGCUUGCAGCAAGACAACACCAGAUUGCGCCAGAAGCUCGAAGCAUCCGAGGAACUACGCAAACGAUAUCAACAACAAGCUGCCAGGAUCCGAGAUAUGAUUCAAAAGAGGGAUAUUGGGCAGGAUAUGAAUGACUCCGUCAUAACUGCACAGUUCAGAAAGCUGAGGGAUCAAAUCCAUCGCAUCGUUUGCCAAUAUUACACAACUGCCUUCCCCCCUCCAGAACCAAAUGAAACGGACACAACGUUCGUCAAGCGCUAUUACGACUGGUGUAAACUCGGCCUUGAUGAAAACGAGUUGAAAACCCGAGUCAGGGCUUUCGUGUUUCGCUGUUUAAGUGACUCCGUUCUGCUGAGACCAAGCUUUGGGAUUUCGGUAGUGGACGGCUCGGACGAGAAGGAUAUGAUUGAAAAUGGGCUCGUAAAAUUCGAGGAAAUGAUCGAGAAGUAUUCCAAAGGUAUCUCCUUGCACCGAGCUUACCAAGUGGAGAGGAUGAUUACUUUGAAAGUAGCGCAGUGCCUUCAACCGACGGAUUCAACCCUUCCACAUCGCUACUGUCUCCCAAUCAAGACCGCUAGCGAUAUCUUGCAGCUAUUGAAACCUCUUGAGAUAUCUAGACCCGAACCUGCGACGGCGAACGAAGCAGAGCGGAGCAAGCUUCAAGUCAAGUGGAAACAACUAUGUACUGAUGCUUUUAAGCUUACCAUGAUGCUCGGGAAUCACAAAGAUGUAUAUCGCUGCGAGUUUCCAACAGAAGGGGAAGCGUUGAAGGACGCAGAUGCAGAACCAUGGGUUGAGGAGAGCACGAAGCAUGAAGGGAAGAAGGCUGAGUCGAAGGAACAUAUUGUUGCUUAUGCGCUUUCGGGCGCCUUGGUGAGAUAUCCGGCUGACGAUCUGUAUGACAAAAUCGUGUUGGAAAAGGCUUGGGCAGUGUCUUCAGAUCCGGAUCGGAAAAACUAUUCUCAAGACUACGUAUCCAGUAGUAGUUUGCUGUCAGAGUCUCUUUACGAGACGAGGAAACCUCGGAAUGGAGAGAGGGGGGAUAGUUUUGGGGAAUUAAGCCAGCACUUGUGGUCAGUCAUAUGGUGGUCGCGAAAAAUCUAG